UGUCACUGACAAGUCAAGCAGUCUUGAAGAGACACAUCAGUUCAGCCACAAAGCCUCAUGAGACAGUGACUCAAUCCGAGUUUUCCUACAGUUGAUUGCAAAUGAGAUUACUAAAGGAAAUCGCCCAUUCCUAAUCCUCAGCCAAGCAGGGUACAAGUCCUUGGCAAGGAAAUUUGAGACAAAAACAGGAAGAAAACAUGGACUGAAACAGUUGAAGAAUAAGUACAUGAGUUUGAAAAAAGAGUGGCAAGCGUGGACAAAGUUGAUGGAUUUAAGCAAAGGAGUGCCAGGGAUAGGGUUUGACUGUGACGCCGGUCUAUUUCAGGCACCUGAGGAGUGGUGGGACAAGAUGGAAUCGAUAAACAAGGUGUGUGCCAAGUUCAGGAAAAAAACCUUGGAACAUCGUGAGUUGAUGGAGACGGUCUUCAUGGGGGUAUCAGCUACUGGUAAGCACCAUUGGACCCCGGGAGAGAAACUUCCUAAAGCUGCUGAUGACUCAUCUGAUUUAGUGCAUAGUUUGAGAGCCCAGCCAUUUGCUGAUCCGACACCCACAGGAGUACAGGACGUGGAUUCAGAUUCUUUACUGGAGCAUGUUUCGAUUGAAAAGGGGAAAAGGAGAAAGAUGCCAUCAACAAGUGUUUCAAAGUUGAAGAAAGCAACAAGUGGAGCGUCAGUUAUUGCAGAAAUCAUGAACAAUCUGACAGAUAUGGUGCGUACGAAGAAUCAGCAGAUUACGGUAAGGCACCUCACAGGUAACGAAUCGUUGUACACUAUUUCGGAGUGCAUGCAUCGCCUGACGAGUAUUCCAUCCUUGGUUGGUACGCUGUUAUUCCACUUCGCCUCGACACUUAUGGAUAAUGCCGAUUUGCGGGAGGAAAUGAUGUGCCAGCCUGAUGACGACUCUAUUGUAGGGUGGCUUACACAACAGCAGCUCCAAUGUACUGCGUCGGCACCUUUUGCACACCUGUUUGGGUCUCGCCGGAUGUGA